GGGUGUGAUUUACCUGGUAAUGUGAUUUACCUCCAUGCCUUGAAAAACUUCAGCUGCGCAUUUCUGGGAAAGGGACAGAACAUUUGUUUCCAAACCAAUCUGGAGCUGCCUGCGGGAAAGAGAAGGGCAGGCUUUAAGAUCACAAUGACCUGAUUACGUCCCUGGGAAACUUUCUUUCUAGGAUGUUUCGUUUCGCCAUCUUCGUGUUGCUCUGUUGUGCUGUCUCCAUCAGUACAGGGCUGAUUAAGAAACGGUCUGCUUCCCAUUCUGGCGAGUAUGGGGGAAAUGGAGGAGAGCGCUUCUCACACUCCGUAAACCAACUGGAUGGGCCCAUAACUGCCCUUAAGAUUCGGGCUAACCCAUCAUACAUUACAGGCCUCCAGAUCCGGUACGGGAAGGAGUGGAGCAACUAUGUGGGAGGCACCUCAGGUGACUUGCAGGCGAUUGUGCUGCACCCCGGAGAGGGCAUCAUCCAAAUCUCUGGGAAGGCUGAUUCAUACAUCCGCAAACUUAAAUUCCGAACCAACUUGGGCCGCCACUUUUCUUUUGGAGUUGAUGUGGGCAACAGUUUUAGUGCCCACCCACUCUUUCCGAGAGCUAUCCUGUCUUAUAUCAGUGGACGCUCAGGUUCUGUCAUUGAUGCCAUCAGUUUCCACUGGAAUGUGAAGUCCGCUGGAGGAACAGGACAGGAGAACUAAAAGGUUCAAUGGAUGGGAGGAGAUGGGGGGAGUGUCUGUCCUUUCCUUCAACUCUCAGGGCUUUAUCUCUCAUAGCUAUUCAGAAUGAUUAUUUCAGCUACCUUGAUAGUCAAGAAUUUUUUCUCCUUGUUUACUUAUUUUUGUAUUUCCAAUAUUUUUUUCAGCCAUCUACUUCUCCCUUCCUCUGUGUGCAUAUACACACUUUGUCCAUUCGUUCCACCCCUUUCCAAUGUCCACCAGUUCAUCCCAACAUGCUUUCUGUCAGGGCUUUUUUUUUGUAGCAGGAAUUCCUUUGCAUAUUAGGACACACCCCCUGAUGUAGCCAAUCCUCCAAGAGCUUACAGGGCUCUUAGUACAGGACCUACUGUAAGCUCCAGGAGGAAUGGCUAUAUCAGGGAGGUGUGGCCUAAUAUGCAAAGAAGUUCCUGCUUACAAAAGAAGCCCUGCUUUCUGUCCUUCAUUGGUUCAAACAACUGACCACGUAUUCCAUUCCUGGCCCGUUUCUCAUAGCUUUCUCUCCAGUCAAAUGAGGACUUUGCCAGCAAUGAUUGUCACAUAAUAAAAUGCAGAUUUUUAAAAUAUUA